UGUUGACAUUGGCUACCCGCAGUUGCUCAGAAGGGAAACCCGAGUACCAACCUCUGACGUCACGCACUAGAAGAAAUCGAAACUUAAAUUAUCUGCUGGCCUAUGGAAAGGUAGAAGAGUCCGUCAGUUUACUCUUGAGGCUUGGAGACAAGAACAGCUGUCUGUUUAACUUGACUGCAUAGGAAGAACCAAACCCUAGAAGAGAAUCUGAACACAAAGAACAAUACAUUGACAUCAUCCAAAUGGAUAACCCAUCCUGUGUACAAAGUCAUACCUGCUCGGAAGCUCCUCCUUUGGGUUGUAAUGGCACCGAUCCAUGUCUUGUGGAUACCAAAGUUGAGAAGAAAACUGUGAAGAAUAAAAAAAAGAAUAAAAGGAAAAAAAGCGCUUCAUGCCAAGUAAAAACGGGCAGUGAAUACACUCAGGUCGCUGUUGAAGAGCAAUCAUCAGCCUCAGAGAACCUUCCUGGAAACCACAAAAAUAAGCCUGCAGGAUCAAAACAUGAAAAGAACAACCAAAAAAGAAAAAGUCAGUCAAUUUCACCUGUAAGAACUCCUGCAAUCCCAAGUCCACAAAAACCAUUAACUAAGCCUACCUGCGACCAGUCAACCCAGACAGAGUCUCUCCAAUGUCAAUCCAUCCAAACUCAGUCAACGCAAACCCCUCCCAUCCAGGGUAUGCAUACAACAUCAACAGAAACCAAGUGCACCCAGACAAUCCAGUCCAGUUUUUCUUUACACCAGGCAUACUGGGGAAAAUCAUUCACUGAUCAGUCUGCUGAUGAGCAGAAAACCCAGGCCAGCGCAAGAAGCAAUCAUCUGACAGUGUUAUCAUGGAAUAUAGAUGGUCUGGAUGAUGAGAAUGUGCGUGACCGGGUCAAAGGUCUGUUGUCACACCUUGGAAAGUACCGUGCAGAUGUUGUGCUACUGCAAGAGCUGGUACCUCCUUGUGUGAAGAUUUUAAAGAAUGUUAUUAAAGAUGAUCAAUUUCUGGAAGGCAGUGAAGAUGGCUACUUCUGUGGGAUUUUGCUCAGAAAGGAGAGAGUGCAGUGCAUUCAAAGCAACAUUGUGAAGUAUCCCACCACAGAGCAGGGAAGGAACCUGCUAAUAGCAAACGUGAGCUUUUCAGGCCAUCCUCUGUGCAUUAUGACAUCUCAUCUGGAGAGCUGUAAGACAGGCUCUCAAGAACGCUUAAAUCAGCUGUGGAGGGUUUGGAAAUGGAUGAAGGAGACCCCAGAGGACCACACCGUUAUAUUUGGAGGAGAUACCAACCUUAGAGAUUGGGAGGUAAAGAAGCUUGGGGGGUUGCCGGAUGGUAUCUCUGAUGUGUGGGAGAUGCUGGGACAACCAGAGGAAAGCAGAUACACUUGGGACACAUCCAUCAAUGAUAACAAUGAUAUCCCAAAUCCUAUACGCCUGCGAUUUGAUCGACUUUUCCUUAAAGGAGCUGCAAAUGGUGCACAGCUACGGCCAGAAAGCAUGACGCUGAUUGGCCUGGAGAAGCUGAAGUGUGACUAUUUCAUCAGUGAUCACUGGGGUAUCCUUUGUACUUUCAAAUAUGGGGAAUCAGAAGAACAGUGUGUCACUGACUGAUUCAUGAUUAUAUAACAUGGAUCAAAACCAUAUGCUUUUCAAACAAAUCACUAUUGACAAAUGAACUCUGGACUAGUGCCAACAUGUUCAAUUAGUCAUAAAUUGCUGGGAGAUUAACUACUGUAUAUUCCUUCACUGAUGAGUCAAAACGUUGCAACCAGCCAAGAGUAAAGUAAAUAUUGCUGAUGAUAUCCAAAUGAGGCCAGAUUUUAGGGUCAUUCAGAAUCAGUAUGCUGGAUGCAAGAGAUAUGAACUGGAAUGAAGUCUUGUGGUAGUGGUAAUAAACUUGCAACAAUGGUCAGAGGAGGGACAAACUAUAAUCUAGUGGCAAGAUAUUGAGCACACACAAGCACUGGACUUGGGUUGUCUACAUUAUGAAAAUUGCUGGGUUGUUUUAUUGCAAUAUUGGAUUAAAUAUGGAGAUAACCAAGUGUUAAAGGCGGUUCAUUCCACUGUGGCGACUCCUGAUUAAUAAAGGAACUAAGUCGAAAAGAAAAUGAAUGAAUGAACAGUGUUAAUGUUUAUAAAUAAAUUUUAAAUUACAUUUUUUUAAUCCCACUAUUGGGUUUGUCCAUUGACCCAGUGUUGUGUUAAAACAACCCAGCGUUUUUGAAGUGUGGUCCAAUCCCAGCAGGCACAGUACGUCAUCAUGACGUCAAUACCCCAACGUUGUGGGACGUUACAUUUUGUUUGGAAAUAAAAAUUGGGUCAGAACCCAAUGCCAGGCAAUGUCAAUGUCCAAAAUCAACCUAAAGUCAACCCAAUAUCAACGUCUAAUGAUGUUAUAGCUUGUGUAAACGUUACCGCUAUUAUGUCUAGCAAACAUGGUAUUUUGGUUGCCAUAUCUCACGAAUAAAUGUCAGUAUUUGAUGUCAAUA